AUGGUUCGCCCUUCUCUCAUCUCUAUCCUGGCUUUGUGCCUUUCCGUCUACGCUGCUGGGCCAGACCCCGCCGGCGCCAAAAAUGUGGGCAACGGUCAGGGCAAGCAGUUCAUCACCGGUCAAUGCCUAAGUAAUGCCGACUGCGCUUCUGGCUGCUGCGCUCAGCUGAAUGGAGGUGCCGGCGUGUGCUCGGGUGUCGACGUUCAGUUUGCAGCUGGAAAGUCCGGCUGCGGCUUUGUUGAUGCUCAGAAUACUCCAGCUCCAAACAUCAAGAAUACGCAGAAUACGCAGAAUACAGGCAAUACACUGGCAAAGACGACAAACCAGAAGAGCGCAAAUGCCAAGAAUCGGGGAGAGGGCCGCAAAGGUACAGAAACCCAGCAGGGCCAGAACAGCGAAAAUAGUGCGCAAGCUGGCAGCACUGGGAAUGGCUCACAAAACGCUGCCGUGAAAAGCGAUCAAGUCAGAAAUGCAACUCAGCAAGAACAGGGAAAUAGGCAAGCCGCAACCGGAGGAAACGGGAAGAAGAACAGUGGAGUGAGAGGGACGAAUACCAGCAGGAACGGCAGAAAGAAGAAGGGCGCCAAGAAGAGCAGCAACGGUAACAAGAACGGCCGGAACGGCAACGGCAACCGCGGCAUAAAUAAAAAUAAGAAUGCCAACCAGAACGGUAACAAGAACACCAACCAGAACACCAAUCAGAACGGUAACAAGAACGUCAACCAGGAUGCCAACCAGAACACCAAUCAGAACGGUAACAAGAACGUCAACCAGAAUGCCAACCAGAACACCAAUCAGAACGGUAACAAGAACGUCAACCAGGAUGCCAACCAGAACACCAAUCAGAACGGUAACAAGAACGUCAACCAGAAUGCCAACCAGAACACCAAUCAGAACGGUAACAAGAACGUCAACCAGAAUGCCAACCAGAACACCAAUCAGAACGGUAACAAGAACGUCGACCAGAAUGCCAACCAGAACGCCAACCAGAAAACCAACCAGAAAACCAACCAGAAAACCAACCAGAAAACCAACCAGAAAACCAACCAGAAAACCAACCAGAAAACCAACCAGAACGCGAACCAGAACAGUAACAAGAACGCCAACAACGGUACUCAGAAUGCCAACCAGAACGCCGGCCAGACUGGUAGCCAGAACGGUAAUCAGAUCGCCAACAAGAACACCAACCAGAACGCCAACAACCAGAAAGGUAACCGGAACGGUAACCGGAACGGUAAUCAUAAUGCCAACAAGAAUGCCAACCAGAACGGUAACAAAAACAGUAACAACCAGAAUGGCAACAAGAAUGCCAGCCAGAAUGGUAAUCAGAACGCAAACCAAAACGGUAACAACCAGAACGCCAACCAGAACGCCAAUAAGAAUGCCAAUCAGAAAGGUAACCAAAACGGCAAUAACCUGAACGGUAACAAAAACGCCAACCAGAAUGGCAACAACCAGAAAGCCAACCAGGAUGGUGAUCAGAACGGUACCCAAAACGCCAACAAGAACGCCAACCAGAAAGGCACUCAGAAUGGUAACAACCAAAAUGCCAACAACCAGAACGCCAACCAGAACGGUAACAAGAACGCCAACCAGAACAGUAACAAUCAAGGUAGCAAUAAGAACGCCAACCAGAACGGUAACAACCACAAUGCCAAUAAGAACGCCAACCAAAACGGCAGCAACCAGAAUGCCAACAAGAACGCCAACCAGAAUGGCAACAACCAGAACGGUAACAAGAACGCCAACCAGAACAGCAACAACCAGAAUGAUGACAAGAAUAUCAAGCAAAAUGGUAAUCAGAACGGUAACCGUAUUGGAAACCAGAACACCAACAAGAACAACCAAAUCGGCAACAACCAGAACGCCAACCAGAAUGGUAACAACCAGAAUGGCAACAUAAACAUCAAGCAAAACGGUAACCAGAACGGAAACCAGAGUGGAAACCAGAACGCCAACAAUCAGAAUGGUAACAAGAACGCAAACCAAAAUGGCAACAACCAGAACGCCAACCAGAAUAGUAACAACCAGAACGGUAACAACAAUGCUGACCAGAAUGGCAACAACCAGAAUGGCAACACGAAUAUGAAGCAAAACGGUAACCAGAACGCAAACCAAAACGCCAGCAACCAAAACGCCAGCCAGAAUGGUAACCAGAAUGGAAACAAGCACGUCAACCAGAGUGGCAACAGCCAGAAUGGCAACAACCAAAAUGGUAAUCAGGGCGUCAACCAGAAUGGGAACGGUCAGAAUAACAACAAGAGUGCCGACCAAAAGAAUGGCAACCAGAAUGGCGGCAACGGAAAUCUCAAUGCUGGCAGUGGGAGUACCGGAGAGGUGGCAGUGAUUGGGGACAGGAACGCCGGCAACGCUGUGACUGCUCGCAGUCUCGUCAGGGCCGGCAAUCUGGCCAACUAG